AUGUAUGUCGUGCGCAAGCGUAAGACCGACAAGAUAUUGCCAGUCAGCUCUUCUGACUCUGGAUGGAUCAAAGCCAGAGCCACCACCGACCUCCUCGAGCGGAAUGCCCGUGGCUUCGGCAUAAAGACGCCGGAGAUGCUCAAGGUCCCACAAGGCACGCUCAAGAACCUCAAUCAGACGACUCGCCAUAACGUUGAACUCCUCCUCAUCCCAGUUCCAAUAAUCAACGUUGUUGAACGGGGACUGGUAGAGGGCGCCCUCAACACGACGUGCUACAGCGACGAUUUCAUCGGCCGGCAAGUGGAUCAAAUUGUCAUCAUCGUCAUCGUUGAUCGGAGACUGGUAGAGAGCGGGAUCAUAGGGAGGAGGGGCAUGGCUUCUCAGAUCAGGGUCAGAAGCCAAGCGGUGGAUGGCAUCUAUGAGAGAUACGGAAAUCCCCUCCGAAUGGCGACGCUGUGGAACGGGAUUCCCAGGCGCACGAUUCAGUAG